AUGAAAAGGGCUGAGGACAAAAUUUACGAGGAAAUUUCCAAUGAAGAGGAGUAUAAAAAACUGUUUGAAGAAAAAAAUGACAUUCUCUACAUCGUAGACGUUUAUACCAAGUGGUGCGGACCAUGUCUCUUCACCUUUGAAAUUAUAAAUAAAAUUUACAAGGCCAAUUUUACCUUCACAGAAAGCGUAAAAAUAGUAGCCGUCUGUGCGCAAAAUAUCGCCUCGUUAAAAAAUUACGAUAACAAUUCCAAGCCGUUUUAUAUAAUACUGAAAAAUGGAGAAAUAAUUCGCCAAAUUCAGGGCUGCAACACGCCUCAUAUAUUUGCGCUUAUCGAUGAGCACUUGUUGGGUACCAAAUUCAAAUGA